AUGGUUGAUUCGCUGGUUUCAUUUGCAUUAGAGAAAUUGAACAGUAUUCUUGGAGAUGAGGACAGAGCUGUGAAGAUCUGGUUAGAGAAGGUCAAAGAUGUUGCCUACCAUCUCGACGACAUACUAGAUGAGUGGACAACGGAAGCUCUCAGAUCACAAGUACCUGAUGAAGGUGAUAGGUCCUGUUUCAGCAAGAACAACGUAAGAACCUUUCUUUUGCCUAUUACUUGCUUGAAUCAUGUUGUGUUACGCUGCAAAAUUGGGAGUAGGAUAAAGAAGGCACAGAAAAGAUUAGCUUAUAUUGCUGGAGAGACAAGUCAAUUGGGUCUUAGAGUAGAUAGUGGAGAGAGGGAGAGACUGGAUAGUGAAGCGAGGCGGGGCGUGAUCAAGGAGCGAGAGACAGGCUCCCUACUUGACGGACCGUUGAUUGUAGGUAGAGAACAUGAGAAAAAUGAAGUCCUAGACUUGCUUUUGCAGGAGGUAACUAAGGUGCCCUUUGUCAUUUCUAUAGUUGGAAUGGGGGGUGUGGGCAAGACCACCCUUGCUCAGCUCACCUACAAUGAUGAGAAAGUCAAGGGGCAUUUUGACAUGAGAAUGUGGGUGUGUGUUCCUGAAGAUUUUGAUGUAAAACGGAUUACAAAAUCAAUUAUAAAAUCUGCAGAUACUGAGUUUAAGGGUGAAAAAUUAGAUUUGGAUCAAUUGCAAAUUUGCCUAUGUGAAAUGUUGCAGGGGAAAAGAUUCUUGCUUGUACUUGAUGACAUUUGGAGUGAAGAAAGUGAGGAGUGGGAUAAAUUGAGACUUCCCUUCCAAGCUGGUUCUUUAGGGAGUCCAAUCAUUAUAACCACUCGUAGUGAAAAGGUUACAAUUGCAAUGGGAGGGCUCACAUAUACAAACUGGCAGUCUUGUCCAAUGAUGAUUGGUGGUUAG